CCUUCUAAAGGAAAUAUGCGCACGCGCAGUCUGUUUGUAACAGUGAUUGGGACGUGACGUUAAUAAAAUGUUGAGGUAUCGAAAGUGUCUGAUUUGGGGCGGCAUGCUAGCGGUGCUGGUGGCAGGAGCACUGGUAGCUUUACUGGUGCUGCAUCCUUGGGACCGCAACCAGCAGAUGCGAUAUCGUCACGCCGCAGUCGCUGCUAAUGGUUACGAAUGCGCUUCCAUAGGACGCAAUAUAUUGGAAAAGAACGGCUCAGCUGUCGACGCUGCCAUAGCAACGCUUUUCUGCGAGGGCUUAGCAUGUGCACAAUGCAUGGGUCUCGGAGGCGGAUUUCUGGCGACCAUUUACGAUGCUAAGACACGUACAGUGAGGGUGCUAAACGCGAGGGAGAGGGCGCCCUCUGCAGCUACUGAGGACAUGUUCCAAAACGCCUCAUCCACUGUUGGUGGUCUUGCAAUCGCAGUGCCUGGAGAACUAAGGGGAUAUGGUGCUUUAUACCGAGAGUAUGGUCGCUUGCCAUGGAGGGAGCUGGUACGGCCGGCAGCGGAUUUGUGCCGUCGAGGACACCGCGUGAACAACUACAUGGGCCGAGUGCUGAAAAGCUAUAGAGACAGGAUCCUAGCUGAGCCGUCAAUGAGGGAACUCUACGUAAACCCAAAUACAGGAGAUGUAUGGAAUGAGGGUGACUUAAUCCGUGAACCAACCCUAGCCCGCACCCUCGACAUCAUCGCAGAAGAGGGCCCCGAAGCAAUUCACGAUGGCAAACUGACCUCGGCGCUUGUUCGCGACAUCCAAGCCUUCGGUGGCAUCAUUACUGAGGAAGAUCUCAGGACAUUCGAAGUGGAAUGGCAAGAUCCAAUCGCGGUGCCAUUAUCAGAAGAGCACACGCUUUACUCGGUACCCCUGCCAGGGUCGGGGUCGGUACUGGCUUUCAUGCUCAACAUUAUGCGAGGUUGGAUCGGCGCUGGUACCAAUGUGCUGGCCGGCAGCAAUCUCUACUGGCACCGCGUCGUUGAAACCUUCAAGUACGCAUACGCGAAGCGCACAGGCCUCGGGGAUCCUGCACGCACUAACUUACCUUACGAUAUCAGAGAAUUGGAGCGCAAUCUUUCGGACCCUGAUUGGGCAAGAGCAUUUAGGAGCCUUAUUGAUGACAACCGCACCUAUUCCGAUUGGCAGCACUACGGUGCUUUGUUCGAAGGAGCCGAUGACCACGGCACGGCCCACGUUGUGGUUUACGCACCAGAUGGCAGCGUUGUCUCUGCCACGAGUACUAUAAACUAUAUAUGGGGUUCUCAGAGGCGAUCUACUAGUCUAGGUAUAAUGCUGAAUAACGAAAUGGAUGACUUCGCGGUACCCAAUCGUGAAUCUUCUUAUGGUAUGCCACCUUCACCCGCUAACAUGGUGGCAAAAGGCCUUCAGCCGUUGAGCUCGAUGGUACCAAGUGUGGUGCUAUCAAGAAACGGCGUAGCAGAUUUGGUGAUAGGUGCUGCUGGAGGAACAAAGAUAACUACCCAAGUAGCGUUGGUAACAAUGCACACACUUUUAGAAGGUGAUGAGUUGCACGAUGUAAUUCAACGUCCGCGACUUCAUCACCAACUCGUCCCGAUGGAAAUUGAACAUGAAACUAAUUUCAAUCCAAGUGUCAUCGAGUUUCUGCAAGCGAGAGGGCACGCAACUACUGAACGUGGUCCGACAGCGGGAUUCGCUGCAAUGAAUGGCGUGGCACGGGACGCCAAUGGCUUUAUUCUAGCAUCAACAGAUCGAAGAAGAGUUGGAAGCAUCGACGGCUUUUGACCUUUACACGAUAAAAUAUUAAGACAUGUUGUUUCCACAUUUAAUACUAGUACAAAAAAACAAUAAGGCGCUGUGCACAGAAACACUUUUGUGUCUUAUGUUGGAUACAAGCUACUAGAAUCAAUCGUAACUUUUUAUGUGUGAUCAACUAGAAAAAAUAAAAUAGGGAAUUUUUAACGUUGGCAACAUUAAUUUUCCAUGCAGGUAUUCGAGUGCAAAUACUUCAGUAGCUUAUGUCCAACACGUGACACGACAUUAAUCGAAACAAGUAGGUGGAAUACAAGCUGCCUUUGAUUAUAUCUUUUUCAUGCAAUGAAUAUGAAAACAAUAACUACUUGAGGCAGAUGCAGACACUGUUGAUGUCCAGUUGCUUCCACUUGAUACUAAAGCAUUGCCAAUCGAAUAUUUCCCGCGUGAUCUACUAGAUGCAAUAAAUGUGGGUAGUUAGUAAACGCAAGCAAAAUUCAUUUUACGUUGAAUUCAUGUUACGUAUUUUUAGUUGCUUGUGUCCAACACGGGACUAAAUAUUAAUCGAAAAACUGUUUGGAAUAAAACGAUGAACUAGUUUCGAACAGUUACCAGCACUGACCUUUAUUAUUGAUACUGAACUGGCUUUACCUAUGCCAAUGACAGCUAAAAUUUUGUGCCCAUAUGAAGCGCCAAAUGUGAAAUACCAGUGGUUCUGGAAUUUAUAUCUAAUUUAUUAUAUUGCUUUAAGUAGGUAAUUCAAAUUGUAGUUCCUUCGAAACUCAUAAUACAUCUUCACAACUUACAAAAUGGCGUCCAUCAAAUGGAGACAAAAACAAAGUGACAACAGCCAGGUUAUGGAUAAUAAUAGAGAUCAGUGGUAACCAACCAGUGUACAGAAGUAGAAAUCGACACAGUUGUCGGUCUGUAAUGAAAAACGGACAACUGUCUAGUUUACCAAUACGGUAUUAGCGGACACAGAUAAAAAAGCGUGAGUCUGGGCAGUUUCUUUUAAAGGUUUUUUUUUUUUGCCUUUUAGUGAUAUGACUAGAGGUCAGUGAUGAAUAAUAUACAGAAAUAGCAAUCAACGCAACGCGUACCUACAAUUAAUUGUAGGUAUAAUACUGCUACUCUAAUAUCAAACUUUUUCAAUGGGUAUGGUAAAAUCGUGUACAACGUUUCCUUAAACUUUUGUAAUGUUUUUGUUGUAAAUAUCAGUGAAUAUAAUUUAAUUUUAAGAUAGGAACUGUGAUAUAGAUAGAAAAUA